AGUCGAAGGUGCAAUGCGGUUACCCGCGCUAGACGCGAGGGCAGGAGUCCUCGAGAGGAGUAAAACGUCCAAACAAAGCAAGAGCAUCAUCGUUGUAUCAAUCAUUGUCAUAGCAGUAUUCGCAAUCCUCGUCACAACAUACCUCCUUACCCUCCGGUUCCGCCGGCCGUUCUCCGCAAUACGCAACACAGACAAGUCGAGCGACAAACUACCCUCGUUAUUCUCCUGGAAGAACCCAUUCAGACGAAACCGCCAUGCGUACUCGACUAGCUUACAGGAUACCGAGUACCGGGGAAAUAGCGUCAGCGACAGCACGCGCGACCGCGAGAUGAGUGGGGCGAACGAGCCUGAGAGGCAAUCUGGCACAGCAGGAGUGGACAGGAAUACGUCGGUACGCAGUGUCAUGACAUUGCCAGCAUACUCACACUCCGUACGAGAAAAUGAGCGGGUGCUGGGGCGAGAAGGCGAGAGAGCAGGCAUGGACAAUGUGGUUGAGUUGCCGGAAACCGCGGACGACGAGGAAGCACAGCGUAACGAGGAGAUGGAGUCGUUGUACCAGAUUCGUUUGGCACGACGAGCAGAAGCAACGGAACGCGAAGCAAGACGACAGGCCAGGCGCGAAGCCCGCCAAAGAGGCGAUCACAUUGCACUCGCAGAGAUUCGCCGUAGAGCCGAGGAAGCCGCCGACCUCUCUGUCUCCCAGAUGCUCAUCGCUGAGCACCAGAGCCGCAAUCGCGAUCGACGAGUCUCUUCUGUAGCCUACGGCGACCUGGGUGUAGCGCGACACGACGGCACCCGUCUGCGUGCCAACUCGCACGACAGCGACAACCGACCGCUCCUCGACAGUGCCGCUUCUAUCUCAGGGAUCAGCGGUCGAUCGCGGGGCUUCACCAACAACUCCACGAACACACUCGACACACACCACCGCGGUCUGUCCAUAACCUCGACCUCUCGGUCAUCCGUCGAUUCGCGCGCAUCUAACGAGCUCGACUUCCCGCAAGCCGUGCAGACUCGCUCGAAUUCAAGCAACAACAACGACGCCGGCAACGGCUUCCAGGCAGUAGCUACGGGUCAAGACAGGAGUAGGGGCGCAACGCCGAGCCCAGAUAUCCCCAACGAGGAGGCACCUGCCUACGAAGAUCCACCAGACUACACAAGCCCGGUCGAGAGAAAUGCCCCUCAGUUACCAGGACUGCCCACUCUCGAGCGACUGCCGAGCAUUCGCGUAGUCACCACAGAGCCCACACCGAUCGAUCCGAAUCCACCAUCGUCGUUCUCGUGA